UCACGGCUCUAAUGCUACACACAGACAAUGCCUUGCAUACACCGGGGUACUGGGCACUCUCUUGAUGCAGGAAGCGCUCUCUUAGAGAUUUCCUGAUCCUCUUCCUGCACCUCAGGAUGUGACGCAAGUCAAAGGACAAGGUGAGGCAGAGCAGUGCUUAGAAGAUACCUACAUCGCCUCGGAGACGUCGCAUUCAUCAUCCAGUGCUGUAAGACAGGACAGAUACCAGCAAGUUCUUAUCUCUACAAGAGAGUCCGUCCACUUUUCGCAUCUUCAGGUGACCAUCUUGGGACCAGGACAGGAUCUGCUUGCCUGUUGUGUGCAUGACCCCUGCUAACCCCGUGAGGGUGAUAUGUGGCCUCUGUCUGAAAUGGUGGCGUUGGCUUCCUGAGCGGUGUCUGUGGUUACACACAUGAUCCUGCGCACGUUGAAGACGGCGCUGGAGGAGGAGAGACGAGGACACCGACCAAGGCAAGAGUUCAAAGAUGACCAGAGCGAGGUCUUACAGUACGAGGGAGACGAGGAGCGGGACGGCGUCGUGUACGGUGUAUAUCUACGAAACGCAAGCUCCCAGCAGCCUCCUGUUAGAGUGUUAGCUCUGCGUGCCGGCACUCUUCCCAAGCUUAUCCUCCAUCUCCUGGAAGCUCGGAUUCUGGGGGACACCACCUACAUCCCAGCCUUCCUGGCCACGUACCGCACCUUCACCAGUCCCCAUGAAGUGCUGAGGACGCUGCUGCACAGGUUGGAGGGCAAUGACUACACUCAGGCAACUGAUAACUCCUAUGGAGGAAAAGAUGAUGACGUCAGCAGUCUCUUUUGCGGCUGGAUGUCUCAGUAUCCAGAGGACUUUAUAUCACUGGACCCUGGUGUGAGGGAAGAACUGUCUCGCUGCUUCUUACGACUGAAGAAAACCAAAUUGGUGACAAAACUACAGGAGGUCGAUGGCGGGCAGAAGACCGUGACCGAGGAUGUCCCCUCGGCAGGAGGGGAGACCGACUACUACGACCCCUUAGAUGUCCUGACGUUCCAAGCCGUAUACGUGGCGGAGCAACUGACCUGCCUGGAGGCGUCUCUCUUCUUAAAAGUCGUCCCGUACGAGUGCCUGGGGUCCGUGUGGUCUCGCAGAGACAGGGGAGGAGAGCACUGUGACCGAUGCCACUCUGUCCGAGAGACUGUCCGCCACUUUAACCGCCUGUCAAGGGCUGUCACAUCGUCGUGCGUUCAGGACGCGCAACUGAAGCCACAACAAAGGGCUCGGGUCAUUGAGAAGUGGGUGCGAGUGGCCGAGGAAUGCUGGAACCUCAGGAACUUCUCCUCCGUCUAUGCCAUCCUCACGGCCUUACAGAGUACGUCUGUGCACCGCUUGAAGAGAGUGUGGGCAGAGACGUCCAGGGAAAUCCAGCGCAGUUACCAGGACAUGAGCGAGGUGUUUUCUGAGAAGGACAAUUACACCCGGAUGAGGGAGCUUCUUUUCCAGUCUCAGGACGCUUCUGAUGUAACCUCCAAAAAACACUCUCCCCGUGCCAGAGACCCCCGAGCCACGGGGGUCAUCCCGUACCUCGGAGUCUUCCUCACUGACCUCGUUAUGCUGGACUCCGCCAUCCGGGAUCAUCUGGAGAACGGAUUCCUGAACUUUGAGAAGCGCAGGAAGGAGUUUGAGUCGCUUUCUCAGAUCCGGCUCCUGCAGACCGUCUGCCUGGGAUAUCGCCUCACUUUAGAUCCGCACUUCGUCGGCUGGUUCCAGAGACUGCGUCUUCUCAGCGAGGACGAGAGUUACCGAUUGUCAUGUGACAUUGAAUCAAACCAAGAUGCAACGGUAACCUCACCGGCACCAGUGAAGCCUACAGUGAUCAUCACACACUGCACGGAUCUUCUGGCCUCCAUUGCGGCGCCUUUUGGACCCAGCAUGCACCUGGUGUCCUGGGACACGCCCUGCGAGCGGCUGCUGACUCCAGGCCUGAGCCCGCAACAGAAAAGCCCUUCAGUUCCGACCCUGGAUACACAGAGCUCCCCCAAACCAGCGCACAAAGGCUUGCUGAGCCCGGUAAGGACACACAGACGUUCUGCAUCUUGUGGCAGUCCGCUGAAUGUGACGCUGAAUGUGCAGCACAGCGCCUCUUCCGAGAGCAUCACCGAGCAGGGAAAAUUUCCUGACCCUGCAGCAGACUUCCGCAUCAUUCGAGCACGGGUGGAGCCAGCAGAGAAGAACAGCGUCUACAAGAGCGUGCGGAUCAACAGUCAGGAGAAGGCUCCCACAGUGAUCGACAGGAUCGUCCGGAAACAUCACACGAUACUCCAGGGGCCGCAGGAACUUGUUCAGUUGUUACCUGGGAAUAAAGAGCUGGUCAUCCCGGGCACUGCCAACGUCUUCUAUGCCAUGAGCUCAGCUAGCCUGGAUUUCCUGGUCCGUCCGCAGCAUCUCCCCACCGUGGCCCAUCAGCAUGAGGCACGGCCCCAUCUGAAGGCACAAAUCCAUGCCACCUACCCCAAAAUGAAGAGCAAAGCGGGAGACUUUGCAAAGUCCCUCUUCUAGAAUCUACAUGUAGGACUGACGCUACAUCAGGACGCUUCCUGUCAUGCUGGGGGCUUGUUCUUCGUAGUCCACAGGCCCCUGGACACGACACUUUCCUUGCUCUGCACUGACACGGUGAGGAGACUGCACCUUCUUUUAUCCCACUGUUACAGCAUCAAGAACAUUCUAUGGCUGACGUGAAAAGACGGGAUGUCAUCCGGCAGCUUUGUGGCGACCGCGCAGGAUAUGGCGCCACGCUGCACGUACAGUGCUGCUCAACCUCUAUACACUAUCACGAAACACUAUGUACUGUAUUCCCAGGCUGGAACUGUCUGUAUUUCUAUGUUAUAUCUAUAUUAUAUUUAAAAAAAAUAAACUGUGUAGAACUAAA